AUGCGUGGUUUUCCCAAGGGGGGAAGGUCGAGGUGCCGCGCGCUUUUAGGGUUGGCCUUCGCAGCCUCAUCUCCCCUCGCCCCCCUCUCUCCCCCCGCCCCCCUCGCUCCCCCCGCCCCCUCUCUCCCCCCGCCCCCCUCGCUCCCCCCGCCCCCUCUUUCCCCCCGCCCCCCUCUCCCCCCCCGCCUCUCUCCCCUCUCUCCCCCCGCCCCCCUCGCUCCCCUCCCUCCCCUCUCUCCCCUCGCUGCCCUCACUUCCCUUGUUCCCUUCCCUGUCUUCUCCUGCCAUUCUCUCUGUGUGCCCGCACGGUCCCUCCGCUCCUCCUCGCUGUUUCCACUCCGUCCUCUCCCUUUCCCCCUACCUCGUCCUCUCCUUAGUUUCCCCUAUCUCCACUGCCCUCUCUCCAUUGCGCUCUCUCCUCCCCUCCACUCACUCCUCCCCUCCAUUCUCCCUUCCCUCCAGGCGUGCGAUUUCGCAUUCAACAACUCGCUGGGCUUCGUGCCGCUCUACGCGCUCUCUGUCAUGCAGCCAGACGUGCCCUUCACCCAGGGGAUCCUGCACAGCAAGCGAUCGGCGCCGGCGAUCUCAGGAAAGCUCAAGCCGAAGUGUAAAGCUGUGAGUGUCUGGAAGCACGGGCAGCAGCAGAACGGGCAGUUUGCGCAGCAAACGUGGGAGCACGGGCAGCAGCAGAACGGGCAAUUUGCGCCGCAAACGUGGGAGCACGGGCAGCAGCAGAACGGGCAAUUUGCGCAGCAAACGUGGGAGCACGGGCAGCAGCAGAACGGGCAAUUUGCACAGCAAACUUGGGAGCACGGGCAGCAGCAGAACGGGCAGUUUCCGCAGCAAACAUGGGAGCACGGGCAGCAGCAGAACGGGCAGUUUGUGCAGCAAAUGUGGGAACACGGGCAGCAGCAGAACGGGCAGUUUGUGCAGCAAACGUGGGAACACGGGCAGCAGCAGAACAAGCAGUUUGCGCAGCAAAUGGACGAGCUCGGGCAGCAGCAGAACGGGCAGUUUGUGCAGCAAACGUGCGAGCAUGUGCCUGAGAGGAGGGAACCGCGACCCAGGACGGUUCAGGCGUGGGACUGGGAUGGUGUGGAGGCGCGAGGGGUGGAGGCUGGGGCGAGAGAGAGGGAGAUCGAGGCGUGGAAGGAGGGUCUUUGGCGUGGUGUGGAUGGAGAUGAGCCAGACGUGGGAGGAGGAGGGGAAGAGAUUAGGGGGGUUGGAGGCGGAGUGGCAGCGUCAGCAACAGCUGGAGUGUCGUCAGGAGCAGGAGAAGCUGCAAGAACAGCCAGAGCAGCAGUCGGAGGCAAGAAGAAGAAGAAAAAGAAGAAAACCAGUUGUGAUGGGGGAGGUGAAGGUGAUGCGGCUAUGCGAGUGCAGCCGGCUGUGAAGGCUGAGCCAGAAGAAGGGGAGCUAGUCCCUUUCCCGUCUCGUCUUCCUUCGCAUGAUGACCUUUGCCCUGUCAGCGUUUCGCCUGGUAACAGUCUGCGCGAUAACAUUCCGCAUGCAGGGUCAGGCGGAAAUCCUCCUGGCUGGGAUGCUGCAGGAAACGGGGUGGGAGGAAGGAGAGUUGUGAGCUAUGGGGACUUCCAGACGGAAACAAGAGGGGUGGAGUUGCCAGGCAUGGUGGUCAAUGGUUGGCUUGGUCACCCUUCGCCUGUUGCAGCGAACGCCGUCCAGAGAAGGAGAGUAGUGAGCUAUGGGGACAUUGGGGCGGAAACAAUGGGGGAGGAGGUGCCUGGAUUGGCUGAUAACGCUUGGCCUGGUAAGCCUUCGCCUGGUGCUGAGAACGGCUUUCAGACAAGGAGAGUUGUGAGCUAUGCUGAUGUUGGCGUGGAAGAAAGGGAGGAGGCUCCUGGUUUAACUGCUAUUGGUGACCGUUUCCCUUCUGCUGCUGCUGCUGCUGCUGCUGCUGCUGCUGCUGCUGCUGCUGCUGCUGCCGCUCCUGCUGCCGCUCUUGCUGCCGCUCCUGCUGCUGCCGCUCCUGCUGCCUCUCCUGCUGCUGCCGCUCCUCCUGCUGCUGCUCCUGCUGCUGCUGUUCAUGCCAACAGUGUGACUCCCAGACAAUCACGUAUUGGAAUUCCAUUGUCAACCACACCUUCUCAACCUGCGAUUUCAUCAACUGCCAGUGCUGACCAUGCUCCUACACAUCUCCCCUCAGCCACUCUCUCUGCAGCACAUCUCCCCACAGCCACUCUCUCUGCCGCACAUCGCCCCACACCCACUCUUUCUGCCCCACGUCGCCCCCUAACCAGUCUCUCUGCCCUGCUUCGGAGAUUCUUAGGAGACGAAGUGGCUGCAAAGCCAAUUCAGGAGUCGACAGUGGGAGAGAGAGGGGCUGUGGAGUCGACUCGCGAGUCAGGGGCAGGUGAAGCAGCAGUCGGUUUCAGUUCACGGGCAGGUGAAGCAACAGGUGGUUCCAUAUCAGCGGUUGGUCCGAAUUCAGGGGCAGGUGAAGCAGCAGUUGCUCCGAAUUUAGGGGCAGGUGAAGCAGCAGAGGGAUCGGGUCACGUGCCUGUGGUCCGUGAAGAGGUGGUGGAAUUGGAGGAAGGGGAGAUUGGAGGAGAGGAGGAGGAGGAUGGGGAGGAGCAGGGGGAGGAGAUAUUGAGGCGGGUGGAACAAACAGAGGCGAGGGGAAGAGGUGGGAAGAGUGAGAGGCGAGUGGUGGAAGAGGCAGAGGCGGGAGGAAGCGGGGAAGGGGGCGAGGAAGAUAGGAGGAGAGGGGAGACUGCAGGGGUGCAGGGAGUGGUAGGCGCGAGCAGAGAGGCGAGGAGCGGGGUGGGUGGGGUUGGGAAUAGUAGGAAAGGUGGGCAUGGUGAAAGAAUGCCGUGUCGGGAGACUGAGAAGGUAAGAAGCAGUGGAGUGCAAGAGAAGAAUGGGGAGGGGAAUGAUGGGUUGGGAAAGGGUGCUGGCAGGGCAGUUGGUGCUGACAAAGAUGAGAAGCAGCAGCAGCAUGAGAAAGAGAAGCGAGAAGAGGGGAGAGGAAGCGUCCAAGUGGGGGUAGCUGGUGCUGGGGAGGAGAGGCCGAGGAAGACUGUUGAUGAGACGAAUAUUGUGGGGGCCUUGGAAGAGGAGGGGAAGGAAGAGAAGGGAGAGAAGGAGGUGAAGGAAGAGAGGAGAGUGGAGGAGGAGAAGGAAGAGAAGGGAGAGGAGAGGGAAGAAAGGCGAGAGAAGGAGAAGGGAGAGAGGGGAGCAGAGGAGAAGGAAGAGCGGGGAGAAAAGGAGAAGAAGAAGGAAGAGAGGGGCAGUGAGGGGAGGAGAUAUGAAAAGGUGGUGGGGGAAGGAGGGAAAGGUGGAGGCAGUGACGGGGGGAGGAGUGAGAAGGUGGUGGAGGGAGGAGAGGGAGAUGGAAGGAGUGAGGAGAAGAGGAGUGAGGAGAAGAGGAGUGAGGAGAAGAGGACCAAGGCUGCAGCAACGGUCAAGGGGACUGAGCAAGGAGGUGCAGCUGCAGCAGUGGAGGGGCGAGUGGGUAAGGGGACUGGGCGAGGGGGUGCGGCAGCAGUGGAGGGGGCAGUGGGUAAGGGGACUGGGCCAGGGGUUGAAGCGGCAGCAGCGGAGGGGGCAGUGGUCAAGGGGACUGGUCAAGGGGAGUCUGUAGCAAGAGAAGGGAGGCAACAAACGGCUGUAGCAGGAGAGGAGGGUCCACAAAAGGCUGUAGCAGCGGAGGGAGAGAGUCAACAAAAAGCUAUAGCAGAGGAGGAGAGUCAGCAAAAGGCUAAAGCAGUGGAGGAGAGUCAACAGAAGGCUGUAGCAGCAGCGGAGGACAGUCAACAGAAGGCUGUAGCAGCAGAGGACAGUCAACAGAAGGCUGUAGCAGCAGAGGACAGUCAACAGAAGGCUGUAGCAGCGGAGGAGGGUCAAGAGAAGUCUGUAGCAGGGGAGGGGAGUCAACGAGAGGCUAUAGUUGAGGAGGAGAGUCAGCAACAGGGGGUAGUAGCAGGGGAGGAGGGUCAAGAGAAGUCUUUAGCAAGGAAAAGGAGUCAACGAGAGGCUAUAAUUGAGGAGGAGAGUCAGCAAAUGGCUUCUGCAGGAGAGGCGAGUCAACGCAAGUCGUCAGCUGUUCAGGGGAUUGAGGGAGCAACUGUAGCAGGAAAAAAGAGUCAACGCAAGUCUUUACUGGUCAAAGGGCGGAAGCAAGGAAUAGCUGCAGCAGACACGAGGAAACACAAGACGAUAGUUCUCAAGAAAACCCAGCUCAAGAUUCUGGCACCCAGGCAAACCGCAGGGACAAAAGCAUCGAUCAGUGGUGGGGAUAAGGGUGCUGCUGCCGCCGCCGCUGCUGCUGCUGCUGCUGCUGCUGCUGCUGCUGCUGCUGCUGCUGCUGCUGCUGCUGCUGUUGCUGCUAGUGCCUCUGGGAAUGAAAUCCGUGGGGACGGUGGCAGCGGAAGUCAUGGGGUUGGUGGUGGUGGUGGCUAUAACACGAGUGGUGGUGGUGGUGUUGAAGGAGCUGGUUCUGGUUCCAUUCGCUAUAAGAACGUGGCAGCUGUAGGGGCGAAGGUGGGGAGUGACAGUAUCGAGAGGGUGAUGCUGCAGGCGCGACAGCACGUGAGGCCGCGGUCCAGCCGGGUCACUCGCAGACUUGCUCUCUCACUGUCCCCAGGCCGCCUCUCGGAGUCCCCAGUAGGGGGAUUCUUAGAGCAGCAGCAGCAGCAGCAGCAGCAGCAGCAGCAGCUGGAGGAAGAGGAGGUGGUGGAGCAGGAGGAGGAGCAGCGGCAGCAGCAGCAGGCGCAGCUGCGUUGUGCUGUUGAGUAUCAGAGCAGUGAAUUGCUUUUAGGGCCUCAUCGGUUAGUGGUGCUGCAGAACGAGCGGAGGCUAGAGCCAGAGUCAUGCUCGUUGCAAUCAAACCCGUUGGAGUCACACCCGUUUGAGUGUCGUUACAAUCAGACUGAGGCCGACGGUGUCUCGAGUGACGCUCUUCCUGCCCCGAGUCUGCUUGAAGUGCUGGCUGUUGCUGCUGCUGAGAGUGAGCGGGCUGAUGGGGGGGCCAGCAAUGGCAGGUGUGUGGGAGGGGAUAAGGGUGGAAUGGGAAGGGAGGAUGGAAGAGUGGGAUGGGAGAGCGCGGGUGGGGUGGAUGAGUGGGGUGGAUGGAUGGGUGGGGCAGGCGGGGCGAGGAGGUGGGGGGAAUGGAGAGGGGAGGAAAGCUGGGGAGAAGGGGAGGAGCAGGAGAAGAUGGAGGAGGGGGGAGGGGGGGGGGGAACUCACACCACGUCUGAUUCUGCCGAACCUGCGUUUCUUGCCGGACCUACACCUCCUCCGAAGCUGGCCCCGAUUCUGGAAUCCGCUUCUCCUGCCGAGCCUGCUGCGGCCGCACCUCCACCCGAGCCUGUGCCUGCACUCAAACCUGCUUCAGAAUCUUCUCCUGGACACCUGUCUAAGCGUUCCCUGUUGUUUGAAGCCCCUCAGGAGGAUAAGGAAGAGGUGGGGGAGGAAGCAGAAAGGAUCAGGGAGGAGGAGAGGGAAGAGGAGGAGAGGGAAGAGGAGGAGAAGGAAGUGGAGGUGAAGGAGGAAGUAGAGGGGAAUGGUGAUGAGGAGGAGGAAGAAGGGGAAGAGGAAACACAGUUUGAGAACCCGUGGGACCUGAUUCUGAACGUGCAUGCAUCUUCAGGGUCUGACUCUGGGAGUGAAGGAGGGGGGGAGAAACAGGAAGAGAGAAGGGGAGAGAGCGGGGGAGGGAGAAAAAAGGAGCCGGGAAUCGUGUCUGAGGGGGUGCUGGAGGAGUUACCAGUGCUACAGGGCGUGUUCAAGCUUCCGAGACCAGAAAUUUCGACUUUUGAGCCGACGCCGGAGAAGGGCGGGAGGGGAGGUGCUGGCGGUGGUUCUGAUGCUGAGGAGGAUGACGAGGAGGAUGCGGAUCCUUGGAGCCUGGAUUCGCUGCCGUGUGGUGACGUGGCAGGUGUGGCUGACGUGACAGGUGUGGCUGACGUGGCAGAUGUGGCUGACGUGGCAGGUGUGGUUGACAUAGCAGGUGCAGGUGGUGUGGCAAAUAGGGGAGUAGGGAGAGGGAACGAAGUCACCAGGGGAGGAGGCAGAGAUGGGAGUAAGGCGAAGGAAGGAGGGGAGGGAAUGGGGAGGGAGCGGGAGGAGGUUGCGGCAGUAGUGGAGGCUGGCGAUGUAAAUGCAAGGGAUUCGGGUAAUGCAAGGGAUGCUGGUUUGAGUUGUAAAGGUACAACUGAUGGUGGUGAGAGUGUGCGUGAGGAGAGUUCUUCUAACGGGGAAAGUGCUUAUAGUAAGGACGCAAGUGGUGCGGAUAUGAGUGGUGCGGAUAUGAGUGGUGGGGAUUCGUUUAUCGAUCUUGCAUCUGAUACAACUGAAUCAAGUGCCGAAGCUGCUGUUGCUGCUGGUGAUGAAGGUUCAACUGUUGAAGUUACAGGUGCUGAGAAACUUCCUGAGAAAUCACCUGAGAAUCCACCUGAGGAUAUGCCUGGGAAAUUCCCUGCUGGUGUUUCAAGUGGUGCAACUGUCGCAACGGCUGGAGUUACUGCAGCCAGUGCUGAUGCGCCACCUGGCGUGCUCCAAUUCGCGACCAAAGAACAGCCAAAUCUGCUGACGUAUUCAAGGAAGAAGGCAGGGGGUGGUGCGAGUGCAAGUCAAGAGGGGCUUGGUGCUGAUGUGAGAUCGAAAGGGGGAGAAGAGGGAGUGAGAGAAGGAGGGGCCAAUGCUCCUGUGGCAGCAAAUGGGGCAGGUGCAUCUGGGACAGGUGUAUCUGAAGCAACAGGGAAGGCAGCUGUAUCUGUAGCAGCAGGGAAGGCAGGUGUACCUGUAGCAGCAGGAAAGACAGGUACAUCUGCAGCUGUGCGAAUUGCUGGAGCUGCAGGUGUAACCGAGGGAGGUGUACAUGCCACUGCAACUCAGGCAUCUCCCUUCACGACUGUCUCACCUUCAACUUUUGUCUCCCGCCGCUCCACCGCUGCUUCCAUUGCCGCAUCAGUCGGUGCUGCGGCCUUCAACCGGAGGCACAUGUCUCCCGCCGCUCCACUGCUGCUUCUAUCGCCGCAUCCGUCGGUGCUGCGGCCUUCAACCGAUGCUUCUGGCCCCCGCCGCUCCACUGCUGCUUCUAUCGCCGCAUCUGUCGGUGCUGCGGCCUUCAACCGGAGCAGCUUUACACGCGCUCCUCCUCAGGCUUCUCGCUUCGCCGCUCAGCAAAUGUUUUCUCGUUUUGGUCUGGUGUUUGCUUGUUUAUUUGCUGCUGCUACUGCUGCUGCUACUGCUGCUGCUGUUGCAGGUGUGCGGGCAGCACGUGGUGCGAAGAGCCUGCAGUGGAGCAAGGAGCAGCAGGAGCAGGAGAAGAAGGCUAGAGAGGAGGCCACCAAGGCAGCGGCGGAAGCUUCCAGGAAGCAUCAACAGCGCAAAGAGGCAGUGGAGAAAGCAAAGAAGGCGAUUGCAAGGAGCCAGGCGGAGCAGCGGGCUAAGAGGCGGGCAGAAAAAGAGCGCAUCCGGGCAGAGAACGCAAAAGUUAAGGCUGCCCGGAUGGCUUCCCGGGCGGCGGCAAAAAAAGCCGGUGCUGCUAUUCUGGCAGCAAGGCGGCAGCAGAGUGAGUGUGUAAGGGGAAAGGAAAAAGGAGAGGGUUGGGUGCAUCUGCUGGGAGUGGUUGUGGGGGAAGGAUUGUGGCUGCACAGGGGUCCUCAGUAUAUCGACUGGCAGCCAAGGGCCGCUCGCUUGUGCGCCUCAGCAGUGAGUAAAGGGGGGAUGCUGAGAGGUGCUGGGGGGUGCGGUGUGGUGUUCCGGAGGUCCUCAGUGUAUCGACUGGUAGCCAAGGGCCGCUCGCUCGUGCGCCUGAGCACAGGCGGUUCAGCCAAGGACAAGUCGCCACGUGGCAAGGCACACGCACACGCACACCUGCCAGUGCCGCUCACUGCUGCUCUCACUGCCACGAGCUAUCAGCGUGCUGGCAGGCAGGGCAACCAGCUGGUGCGGGACUCCAAGGCUGCCAUGCGCACUGCUGCCGGGCAGGGCAACCAGCUGUUUCAGGACUCAAAGGCCUUUGUAGCGGGGCAGCGGCAUGGGGCGGGGUGGGGCAGCAGCACGGGGCGGGGUGGGGCAGCAGCACGGGGCAGGGUGGGGCAGCAGCACGGGGCGGGGUGGGGCAGCAGCACGGGGCGGGGUGGGGCAGCAGCACGGGGCGUGGUGGAGAGUGGUUGUGUUCUCACACCACGCGCCACACGCAUGCUGAGCGGGGAGCUGGGAGGGGGAGCGGGGAGCUGGGAGGAGGAGCGUACAUUGCAACCCCCACUCCCCCCUCCCCGCUCUUCUCCCUUCCUUCCACCCACCCCGCUCUGCCCUCGUCCCUUUCCGUUGACCAACCACCCUCCGCUCCCGCUCUCCAAUCCGCAUCUCCCCUUCCUUCCCCUCUUUUCCUUUCCCAACCCCUCUCCCUCCGAUCACAUCAGGGCUCGAGUGCGCUACAGCCUUCAAAAUGCGCGCUACAGGCGGCAGAAGCAGCAGCAGCAGCAGCUGUGCCAGUACUUCACUCGGCUGGGGCAGUGCAGCAAGAAGGAUUGCCGUUUCCUGCACGAUGCGAGCAAAGUGGCGUUAUGUGUGCGGUUUAUAAGGGGGAUGGAGUGUGACGAGUCUAGAUGCAAGCUCACACACAAGAUCAUCCCAGAGCGUAUGCCCGAUUGCACCUUCUUUUCCAAGGGCACCUGCAGCAACAAGCCAUGCGUGUAUCGCCAUGUGAAGCUCCCAGCAGACACCCCCCCGUGCGCUCAGCUCACCCAAGCUCACCGCCAUUGGCUCCCCCCUUCUCCCUCCCUUCCCCCACCAGGCACAUGCAGCAACAAGCCAUGCGUGUAUCGCCAUGUGAAGCUCCCAGCAGGCACCCCCGUGUGCCCCGCUUUUCUCAGGGGAUACUGCGAGAAAGGGCUUGCGUGCACACAGCAGCACACGUAUGAUUGUCCCGAGUUUGCUUCUAAAGGGGAUUGCGCAGCAGGGAAGAAGUGCAGGCUUUGGCACAGGAAGAAGGCAGAGGAGGGGAGUGGCAAGGGGGGGGGUAAGAAGAGGAAGAAAAGAUACUGGGAAGAGGAAGAGGGGGAAGAGGAGGAGGAGGUGGAGGGGGAGAACGAAGCAGGUGGCAAGAAGAAAAGAGUGAAGCUGGGGGGAAAAGAGGGGGAGGAAAGCGAGGUGAGCGAGGGGAGUGAGGGGAGUGAGGGGGAGGGGGAGAAAGGGGGGAGGAGGAAGGGGAAGGGAGGGAAGAAGAGGAGUGUUGGGAAGAGGAGAGGUAAAAACGUUUUGAAGUUUUUUGGUGGUGAUAGUGAGGAGAGUGAGGAGGGGAGCGAGGAAGGGAGUGAGGAAGGGAGUGAGGAAGGGAGUGAGGAGGAGAGGGAGGAGGGGAGUGAAGAGGAGAGGGAGGAGGAGAGUGAGAAGGAGAGUGAGGAGGAGAGAGGGGUGGAGAAUGAGGAGAUGGAAGUGGAUGGUGUGGAGGAAGGAAAGAAGCAGAAGAGCAGAGGAAAAAACAUUUUGAAGCUGUUUGGUGGUGAUAGUGAGGAGGAGGGGGAGGAGGAGAGUGAGGAGGAGAGGGAGGAGGGGGAGGAGGAAGGGGAGGAGGAAGGGGAGGAGAGGGAGGAGGAGAGGGAGAAGGAAAGGGAUGAGGAGGAGGAGGAGAGGGAAGAGGAAGAAAAUAAGAGCAAGGGUGGGAAACGUAGAGCGAAAAGUUUGUUAAAGUUGUUUGGUGGGGAUAGUGACGAGGAGGAGGAAGAGGAGAGUGAGAAGGAGGGUGAGGGGAGUGAGAAGGAGAGUGAUGGGAGUGAGAAGGAGAGUGAUGGGAGUGAGAAGAAGAGUGAAGAGAGUGAGAAGGAGAGUGAAGAGAGUGAGAAGGAGAGCGAGGAUGAGUAUCAACCGGAGAAUGAAGAUGAGAGUGAGGAGUGGGAUGGUGGGGAGGGGGAGGAGACGGAAGUGGGGGUUGAGGAGGCGAACGGAGAGAGGAGUGGGGAGGAUAAUGAAGAGAGGAGUGGGGAGGAGAAUGAAGAAGAGAGUGAGGAGGAAAAAGAAAGCAAGGGUGUGAAGAGCAGUCGAAGAACUGCUUUGAAGGUCAUUGGUGGGGAUAGCGAGGAAGAGGAUGAAGAGGAGAGAGAAGAGAAGAGGGUAGAGGAGAGGGAGGAGCAUGAGAGGAAGGAAACGGAGGAGGAAAGGGAAGGGGACGAGGAGCGAGAGGGGAGUGAGGAGGAAGGGGAAGAGAGGGUGGAGGAGCGUGAGGGGGACGGGGGAGGAGAGAAGGAAGAGGAGAGGGAAGAGAGGAGGGGUGGAGAGCGAGGAAAGAAGGGAAAAGGGAAUAAAGGGAUGAAGAAAGGUAAGCAGGUGGAGAGGACGGAUGAAGAGAAUGAGGAGGUAUGGGAGGAGGAGAGGGGUGUAGUGGGAGGGAAGAAGGGAAGAAGGUUGAGAUUGAUGAAAGGAGGGAAGAAGGUGGAGAUAAGAUGUGAGGAUAGUGAGGGGGAAUGGGAGGAGGCACAAGAUGAGGCUGGCUGGGAGAGGGAUGUAGAAGGAGAAAAGAAGGGAAGAAUGUUGAGAUUGAUGAAGGGAGGGAAAAAGGUGGAGGUAAGAAGUGAGGAGAGUGAGGAGGAAGGGGAGGAGGCAUGGGUGGAGAGGGGUGGAGUGGGUGGGAAGAAGGGAAAAGGGAAUAAAAAGGCGAAGAGAGGAGGAAAGGUGAAGAGAGGAGAAAAGGUGAAGAGGACGGGUGAAGAUAGUGAGGAGGAAAGGGAAGAGGAAACGAACGAGGGGAGGGAUGGAGAAAAGGAGAAAAGGGGGAGAAAGAAGAAAGGGAAGAAUGGAGGUGAAAAGCUGGAAACGAGGGGCGAGACGACCGAGGAGGAAGGGGAGGAGAUUGAGGAGGCAUGGGAAGAGGUGGGCGGUGGGGAGGAAGGGAAAAGGGGAAGACAGAGAAACGGGAGAAAGAAAGGUAAAGGGGUGGAGAGGAAGGAUGAGGAGAUUGAUGAGGAGAGGGAGGAGGAGAGGGAGGAGGAGACGGGUGGAGAGAGAAAGAAGAAGGGAAGCGAGAGUAAAAAGAUGAAGAAAGGACGAAAGGGGAGUAGGAGAGGUGGGGAUGGUGAUCAGGAGAGGGAGGAGGAUAGGGAGGAGGAAAAGGAGGAGGAACGCGAGGGCAAAAGGGAGGAGGAUGAAAAGGAGGUGAGGGAGGAGGUGACGGUUAAGUUGCAAGAGAAGAAGGGGAAUAGAGAUAAGCGGGUGAAGAAAGGAAAGAAUGUGGUGUUUGUAGGUGGGGAGAGUGAGGAGGAAAGGGAAUUGGAGAUGGGUGAAGAGAAGGGGAAGAAGGGAAGUAAUAAGAGAGGGAUGAAGAAGGGGAAGAAGGUGGAAAGGAAAGGUGUAGAGAGUGAGGAGGAAGAGGAGGGGAUGGAGGAGGUGGAGGAGGACAGGGAGGCAAGGGAUGAAAGGGGAAGGAAGAAGAAAGAAAAGAAGAGUGGGAAGAAGAAAGGUCAGAAGGUUGAGAGGGAGGAGGAGAGACGUGAGGAGGACAGGGAGGAGGAUAUGGCUGAAGAGGGAGGAAGGAAGAAAAGCAAGGAUAAAGGGAAGAAGAAAGGGAAAAGGGUCAAGCGAAGGCAUGAGGAGGAAAAGGAGGAAGGGGAGGAGGAGGAAAGGGAUGAAAGGGAAGAGGAAGGGAAGGAGGAUGGGGAGGCGGAGGAAAGGAAAGAAGGGGAGGAGGAAAGGGAGGAAGGUGAGGAGGAGGAAAAGGAAGGAGAAGAGGACGAACGGGUAGAAGGGGUGGAGGAGGCAGAUCAGGAGAUGGAGGAACAACUUGAGGCGAGAGGGAGCGAAGAGAGCGAGAGAGAGGCGAGGAGAGAGGCGAGGAGGAGGCGGCGAGAGAAGAGAAAGGAGGAGAGGUUUGUCAUGGCAGCUGUGGCAGCGGCAGUGGCUGCUUCUGCUAAUGAUGCUGCUGCUACUGCUGGUGCUGCUGCUGCUGCUGCUGCUGCUGCUGCUGCUGCUGCUGCUGCUACUGCUGCUCGUGAUGGUGAUAUGGAGGUGCUUGUUGCUGCUCCCAUGUCGUCUGCUGUACACCCUGCCUCAUGCACACAGAAGGGCAAGGGUAAGAAGGGAAGGAAAGUUGCUCCUGAGCCUCAGCCAGAGCCUGAGAGUAGAAUUUCUGACACUCCUGCUGCUACUGCUGCUAUUGCUGCUGCCACUACAGGCUCAAGCCCCUUGCUUGCAGGCUCAAGCCCCUUGCUUGCAGAGCCGGGUCCUGCAGUAAAGGGCAAGGGUAAGGGUAAGAAAAAGAGGAGGGUGGCUUUUGAACCUGAAGUGUCGGUUCCUCCUCUUCCUCCUCUCCCUGCAGCAGCAGCUGCUGCUGCCCCAAGUCCCACUGACUUGGAAGGAACGCCCUCUGAUGCGGAAGCAGCGCCUGCACCUAGAGGCAAAGGCAAGGGGAAGAAGCAGAAGAAG